AUGGAGGAGAAUGCUGCCAUAUCAUCAAUCACUGUCGUCGACUACUUGCCCAAGACACUUGGGAGACUCGGAUCAUCCACUGCUACAGAGAGGGAAAUAAGGUCGCGGACAAGUAACGCUGACGGGAAAAACGAUUCUGAAGCUAUGAACACUACGGAGAAACUAGAAGAGGGAUACUCAACACAACGACCUCCAAUGUUUAGCGGCAAAUACUAUUCCUACUGGAGAAACAGGAUGGAGAUUUUCAUUAAGGCUGAAAACUAUCAAGUAUGGAGAGUGAUUGAAGUUGGAGACUUCCAAGUCACUAAGCUGAACUCCUUUGGAGAAACUGUUCCCAAACCUGUUGAUGAAUUUGACAAAGCCGACUAUGAAAAGCUUGAACUCAAUGCCAUGGCCGUCAAAAUCCUUCAUUGUGGACUAGGUCCAAAUGAACACAACAGAGUUACUCAUGAAGGAACAAACGAAGUUAAAAGAUCGAAGAUUGAUCUCUUAAUGCACCAAUACGAGCUGUUCACCAUGAAGACAUCUGAAACGAUUCAAGACAUGAUUACUCGCUUCACAAACAUUAUCAAUGAACUAAACUCUCUUGGCAAAAUCAUAACUCCUGAGGAACAAGUCAGGAAGGUUCUAAGAAGUCUACCACAAGAUCCCUGGAUGGCUAAAGUCACAGCCCUCCAGGAAACUAAAGACUUCACAAAGUUUAACCUGGAACAACUGGCUGGAUCUCUCCUAACUCAUGAACUUCAAUUAAACGCACAACCUUCAGAGAACACCAAAAAUAGAGCUCUUGCUCUAAAAACCGAAAAUGAUGAAGACUCUGAAGAAGAUGAAGAGACAGCUCUGUUUGCUAGGAGGUUCAGAAGAAUGUUUAGGAACUACAAAGAUGUGGAACACAGAAGCAAACCAAAUAGAAAGUUCCCUAAAACUGACACUGGAUGCCAUAAGUGUGGAAACUUGGAACAUCGCAUUAGGGAAUGUCCUCUAUGGGAUCAAGAACGAGGAAAGGGAAAGGAAACAACAAAAGAUAGAUUCAAAGACAACAGAAACUCCUUUUCCAAAACUGAGGUAAGGAAAGCCAUGAUUGCUGCAUGGGGAGAUACUUCUUCUGAUGAGGAACAAGAACAACCCAACGAAGAAAUUGCUCACCUGUGUCUUGUAGCUGAACAUGAAGAUGAAGAAUCCGACUCAGAAUCUGAUAAAUUCCAGGCAAGUCUUGUUCAUAUUAAAAGUAGGCUUGAAUCCAUGUCUAAAGUAGAACGGUUUGACUUACUUUCUUGUCUCACUAGUGAUUAUGAGGAUCUCCUAAAAGAAAAACUAGACUCAGACAGAAAACACCAAGACAUUGUCAAUAAACUCACAGAGGAGUUGGAAUGGACCAGAAACUCAAACUUAGAUAUUGACAAUCGUUUCUUUAAACUCUUUGAUCAAAACCUUCAUAUAAAAGAAAUGUGUGAAGCCUUACGCAAUGAAAACUCCUGGCUAAAACAAGAUAUGAUUGACCUAAAAAUAGCCAAAACCAAGAAACUCUAUAAAGAAGAACUAGAAAAAGCUCAGUUAGAGCUAGUGAAAAUUCACCAAGAAAAGACCCAUCUAGAAAGUGAAUUGACUAAAAGGACCAGACACAAAAUAGAGGGAACACCAAAGUGGAUAGAAGAAGCUAGAACCAAACGCACAGAAGGUUUAGGUUUUAACCACAAAAAGCAUCAUCCUAGAAAAACCAGAGUAGAUUUAUACAGUGACAUAGUAUGCACCUUCUGUGGUCAAAUCGGUCACUAUAGAGUUUCUUGCCCUAAAAACCAAAGGUCGAAGUGA